GUUGACUUCACUCUUGACUGCUUUUUCUCUUUUUAGAGUCAUUCACACUCACAACUCUUAUCUUAUUGAACACUCCUAGCUAUAAGGCGAGAAAGUGACUAGGCCGAAAAGGCGGAGCGAGGGAGUACCUACGAAUGAAGAACUGGCUGAUUAGUCUUUUCGAAAGACAGUUUCUAGGCGUGCUAGCAUGCUAAGUGAAUGGUAGCAUAGUCUUGGAGGAACGAUGUGAUGUCUUCAGUUGCUUAAUAUUAUCCAUACGAGAAAGAAAAUUUGUCUUCUGGCUCUGUUUCCCUCGGGUGGGAAUACGCUCUUCAUCAGAUCUUGCUAGAAAGAUCAUAAUAAAGUCAAGCUCGUAGCUAGGCUAGGAUGACCUCCUAAUACUAAAGAGGCGGGUUCCCUCUGUGAAAGAUUCAACCCGAGGAGGCCCGUGGGAAGGAAAGGAAAGAGGGAACUCUGAUCCACCACCCACAGACAGAAGAUGCUAACGAGCCAUUACGCACUAAAUACUUGCUUACACACGCUUACCGAAGCGAAGUCCUGCACCGCUGAAAACAAGGGAGAAUUAUUUGGUUAUGCCGUCACUCCCUGAUUUCCGUAAAGUGGUUAUUUGGUUUUGAACCGAGUUGUAGAGGUUUAGGAGCGAGACACCCUCAUUCCGUUAAGCGUAACCCGGUAUUGCCAAAGAAGGUUUUGCCAAUGUAGCUUACUCCUCUUGAGUUUGUUUGUUCGAAUAACAUCAUUAUUCCCAUCUAGCUGCAUUACGGGAAUUGCUUUACUGCUUUCCCCAUUCCCUCUCAUGAUAUCCCAUAUGGUCUAGUGGCUUUCUCACCUCUCCUAACAGUCUUCUCUUCUCUCGCGGGCUUAGGGGAUAGAGAAAUUAGGUGAUGCACUUCCUUUUCACUCUACCGCUCCGUGGGCUUGUAUUUAAGGUUAGGUAGCUGUCCAAGGGGCAAAGAGCCUGGGUUUUUGACCACAGCUUCAGCAUUUGCCCACUUCCGAAGAUGCAAACUAGAUGGGGCAUUAGCCUUCUUCUGUAUUACUGUGCUAAAAUCAUUCCCUCAGAACAGAAAGAGGAUCUCCACCUUCAAUGCACGGAGGCUUGCUAUGCGAUAUCCUUUAGGGCUUACUCGACUCUAGAUAGCCUUUCUUUGGAAGAAAUUCCAUGUCGUGAUAUUCUGCGUAGGGAUGCCAAAUCUUAUAUGCUGGUACAGUUUGACUUGUCUCGCUAUGGAAAAUAGCAAAAAGAAUACCGAAGGCUAAGGCUGUGUCUAGGUCGAAAGUGGAUGGAAAAAAACUCCGAUGGACGGAUCAACUCCCGGGAAACUCCCUAGCUGUAUUUUGUUGUACAUCGCUGCCAUUAAACCACCUAGGCCUGAUUGAUGACGGUAGCGACCAGCUUUCUUGGGGCUCUCAAAAUCUGGGCUGGGCUUUUUACUACUAAAUCAGCGUAUGAACAGCUUUGCCACACACACUGGCAUCCAGCUGCUAAUUCAUGACGUCUUGUUUGGCAAUGGCCGAGACCACAAAGUAUACGUACCUUUCUGUGGUUAGCUCUUCAAGGCAAGCUGCUUACAAAUUCAGAACAUCAACGUAGACACCUGUGUGAUGAUGCAACAUGCACUUUGUGCUUGAGUGGUGAGGAAGAUGAUUUUAUGCCUUACGGGACUGUCUUGAAGCCUAGAAUGAUUCUUUAGUAAUUGUAUAUUAAUACAGAAAGAAGUAGUUAAAAUAGCUGCUCCAGCGAAGACUUUAGAUGC